AAGCCUUGAUGCCGGCGUCGCUAAGACCACACUUUCAUCAUGCAGCAACGACACCAAUUUGUGUCGCUAAAAACAACACUAAAUAAAUUUGAAAGCCGCGACUCUCUGAACAAAGCCUGAAGAUCACUUGUACCAGAUGGCUCUCCUCCUCACUUCUCCUCCGUCUCUCCUCUCUAAAAGCCCUAAAACCACCACCUCCACCGCCGUCAAAACCCACUCCUUCUCCGUGUUCCUCCUCCCCAAACGCGCCGCCGUAGCAAAUAAUCGAUUCUCCACCGCCCUUCGGCUGUACUCCGCCUACUCCCCGGACCCUCUCCGCGGCAACCCUCGGUCCACCUCCGACGACGAGGAGAUCGAUGAAGGCUCUGACGAAGGUGAAGGUUCCCCAAAAUCGGGGAUUGUUGACGAGUGGGGCGAGAGGGCGGAGCCCGACCCAGAGCCGCCGACGAAGCUGCCGGAAGCCGACCCGGCCGGGGAUGAGGAUGAGUGGGGCGGAGUUGGUGUCUCGGAUGAUGACUAUGUUCUUUCCGGGAAUGGUAGUGCUGGGGUGAAUACAGGGGUUGAUGAUAAGCUGAUGGAGCUGAAGAGGUGCUUGGUGGAUUCGGUUUACGGGACGGAUUUGGGGUUUCGGGCUUCGCCAGAGGUUAGGGCGGAGGUGUCGGAGCUGGUUAAUCAGUUGGAGGCGGCGAAUCCAACGCCGGCACCGACCGAGGCGACGGAGGUUCUUGACGGGAACUGGGUUUUGGUGUACACAGCAUUUUCUGAGCUUUUGCCUCUUUUGGCAGCAGGCACCACUCCUUUUUUGAAGGUUGAAAGGAUUUGCCAAGCAAUUAACACUGGCAGCUUGACUAUAGAGAACUCCACAAAGUUGUCCAACCCUUUUGCUACUAUCUCGUUCAGUGCCUCUGCCAGCUUUGAAGUCCGAACUCCUUCAAGGAUACAGGUUCAAUUUAAGGAAGGGACCUUCCGGCCACCAGAGGUGAAGUCAAACAUCAAUCUCCCAGACAAUGUAGACAUUUUUGGGCAGAAAAUCAAUUUAUCUCCUGUUCAGCAAUCUCUUAACCCCCUGCAAGAGGCUGUGGCAAGCAUAGCGCGUGCAAUUUCGGGUCAACCUCCACUUAAGAUACCCAUUCCCGGUGAGCGAACACAAUCCUGGCUUCUUAUCACAUACCUUGACAAGGAUCUCCGGAUAUCAAGAGGUGAUGGCGGCCUAUUUGUGCUUGUCAAAGAAGGGAGUUCUCUUCUAGAUUACUAACAAGGUAAAAUUUUAUAUGGAUCGUGAUUUUCAAAGGGCACGGCUAUUAUCACCUAUGUUUAGGGUUGUGAUUUGUCUAUGGUUUUGUACAUGAUUAAAGAAUUAGUGGAUCCCCCCACCACCACCACCCUCCUCUUCCAACAACAAGAAAUAGAGAAUCAAGUUGCAGAACUUCAUUCUUAAUGUUCUCAGUGGUGAUUAGGCUGGUUGGAAAGGAGUGAAAGCAUAUUAGUAUGAAAGGAGCCUGUCUUAUAUACAAACAGUUACAUUCAAAUGUUUUCUUUAUGGUAGCCGACAAACUUUUGAUUCUGUGAGAUGUACAUUUUUCUCUUUGAUUACAAUUUAAGUAUGCCGAACCCAGAAUGUUUGCUGA